AUGCCCCGUCAGAGCAUAGCAGCGCUGAUUGGGUUAUCGGCAAAUCCUCGUUUCAGGGCGAAGCUAAGCUUCCCAGGCCCAAGGCUACAUGACCAGGGGAAGGAUCUUUCCGAGGAGCAAAUCAUCGAGAUAUUCAGCAGCGCGGGAAAGGUGCUGAACUUCCGCCUAGUCUACGAUCGUGAGACGGGCCGGCCUAAAGGGUUUGGAUUUGCGGAAUACCCCGAUGCAGAUUCCGCAUCCUCUGCCGUCCGGAACCUCCACAACUAUGAGAUCAAGGGCCGUCGGUUAAGAGUAGACUUCUCCAAUGAAGGAGGUGCCGAUGAAGAAGAUGGUGAUAAUGUAGGAGAUCAGCAUGACUUUGAAAUAAGCCUAAGGACCCAGACCUAA